ACAAGAGUAACAAGAACAACAACAAGGAGGGAGGCAGACGACUGAGGAGACCUGUCAACAAAAGUGUUCAACAUGACACCACGUCAGCAAGGGGAUGUCGACGAGCUUUUUGAUGUCAAAAAUGCCUUUUUUAUCGGAAACUACACCCAAUGCAUUAAAGAAGUGGAAAACGUUACGAAGGUGAGCUCGGAAGAGUUACAAGUUGAAAGAUUAGGAUAUUUGUACCGCUCUUACGUCGCUCAAAAAAAAUACAGAGUUGUACUUGAUGAGAUUACGGAAAGCUCACCUGCCAUGCCCAUUCGAAUUAUGGCCGAAUACUUUGGGGGAAAUAGAUCAAAGAAGGAUGAAGCUCUCUCUCAGAUAGAGAAACUCUUCACAAGUUCCCUCCUGAAAGACAAGCAUUUGUUGAUAAUUGCAGCUGCAACCAUCUAUGCUGAGGAAGGUAAUUUUGAGGCAGCGCUGCGGGUGCUGAAUCAAGGAGAUCAUAUUGAAUACAAUGCUCUCAAUCUACACAUCUACUUGCAAAUGGAUCGCAAAGAUCUUGCUCGGAAAGAACUUAAACUCAUGCAAGAUCGGGAUGAUGAUGCAACUCUAACUCAACUUGCCCAAGCUUGGGUAAACAUUGCCUUAGGAGGAGAGAAGAUGUUGCAAGAUGCUUACUAUAUUUUCCAAGAGAUGGUUGAGAAGCAUGGUCCUACCUCCUUACUAUUGAACGGUCAAGCUGUGUGUUUCAUGGGACAGGGGAAGUACCAGGAGGCUCAAACUGUUCUGCAAGACGCAUUGGACAAAGACAGCAAUGCUCCAGAUACCCUCAUUAACAUGACUGCUCUGUCUCACUACCUUGGAAAGCCUACUGAAGUUGCCAGUAGGUACCUCAGCCAAUUGCAAGAUUCCCAUGCAGACCAUGAUUUUGUGAAGGAGUACAAUCAGAAGAAGUCAGAAUUCCAGAGAUUGUGUAAACAGUACUGUGCGAGUGCAUAAGGCAUAGUGAAGCCAUUUAAAAUUGUAUUGUUAUGGCAUGGGUAUAAAUGUUUCUAAUUUUCUUUUCUAGUGAAAUAAAAAAGUUUAUUACAUGAUAAGAUCACAGAAAAUCA